AUGAACAUUCCUCUAACUGUCUCUAACGAUAUGCAGUAACAAAAUUUUUACUAGAUGAAUGAAUAUAGAUAAGUUAUAAAUAGAACUAAUUGCUUACAGAUGAUGUUCUCUCUACCAGGUGUCUAAGUUUAAGAGUAAUUUUUAAAGUAGUCCACAUUUAGUUUUAGUAAAUAUCGAGAUAUAUAUAUAUGUUAACAAAGGGAAAGGUUUUUCAAUAUAUUUCCAACAAACUUUUGUGGACAACCAGCAUUAUAAAUGCCAUUAUUUUCGAGCGUAAAAACUCAUGUUCCUGAGCGAUUUUGUGGGUAUAAUUUUAUUUUAUUUGUAUCAAGUGGUGACUUGAACCCAUUAUUAGUAUUUGUAAAGAAAAGUUAAUAAACAAAUCUUUAAUAAAUGCCUGAUGCACCAAUUCAAGAUGGAUUCUUUUUGAAAUUAGACAGAAAGUGGAGGUGCAGCUUAUGCUGUUUUAAUAGGUAAAAAUAAGAUUUAUUAUUUUUAGAUCUCCACUAGAUGUAAUUUAUAUGGAAAAUGGAUAAAAUGUGUUCUUAGGAUAAAUUGAAGUUCCAUAUGCUAUUAUACAUCAAACUUGCAAUAUAUAUGAUAGGAAUAAUAACCUAAAAUAUAAUAUCACUUAAAGGCUUUUGGGGGAAUCUACAAAGCUAAGCUUUUUUCCUUGGGAAGAGAGAGAGAGUCAACUUUUUUAAGGAUUCCAGAGGUUAAGUAAAUACUUAAAAAAUCAUUUUAGAUGGUUUCUUAGAUGAGAAAAUAAACAAAAAGUAAGUAGCUGCAAUAUUAAUGUUUGAAUGCAUGUACUUUUGA